GCCAUGUUCCCGAAAAAGACUUGUAUUGCAAAGAGAUGAUUCAACAUGAGCAUCCACCAUGUAAACACACCAUUCAUCAUCCAUGUUGCAAGACAUACAAUCAAUCAAAUGCCAGUUAAAAUGUGAACGUUGUAGACCUCAGUGUGGACACCAUUGUGAGCUCUUAUGCCAUCAGGAUUGUGUUUCUGCUGAGAAAUGUUCCAGCUGUGAUGCAAUUAAAGAGGAAACUUCUAAGAAGCAAGCAAGAGCAAGUGCCAAAAAUGCUGAGCUUCAACGAGUUGCUCUCGAAAAGGAACUACAGAAACUACGAAACAAGCCUCCAGAAGCAACGUGUUUGGUAGAUGUAAGCCAAACUGCUGAAAACGAUCUGUUUCGAGAUAUUCAAGAGAGAGUUUCUUGGUUUUUGCCUGCAACAGAUGGAAUGGAAAUAACCAUUAUUUCUCUCAAAAGAAUAAUGAAUUACAGACUACAUAAACAGUGGCUUACGGCUAGAUUGAGACUGCAAGAGGUGACUGAUUUUGUCUACCGAUUCCUAGUAGUGUCGCAAGCUGAACUUGAAGAUGUCAUUGAGAAAGGAAUAGCAGCACGAAACGUUAUAAAGAAGGAAGGAUUUGAUUUAGGAGUAGUUCAGGACAAGGUUGACGGUAUAAAGAGACUCAUUCUGUUGUCUUCCUCUCAGCUCCACAGUUGGCUACACUACGAUGAGGCCAGAGAUGUAGCGUUUUGUCACACCUGCAUCAAAGCAUGCAAGGAGAAAAAGCUAGCCGCAGCUGCAGGGAUUGUCGAUCAGUCGUUCAUACGGAAGGGAUUCUGCUACUGGAAGAAUGCCACUGAGAAACUAAAAAGUCACGAAGCAUCGAACGUUCAUUUCGAAGCCGUCGAGAGAACCAUCAGUCUUCCAAAGACUACAGAGGAUGUUGGGGAAUUAUUGUCAAGACUUCACAAGCAAGACAAAUGUGAACGACGACAAUGCUUCCUCAAAAUUGUUUCAUGUGUAAGGUUCUUGGCUCGUCAAGGGCUACCUUUACGAGGAGAUGGGGCUGAAGUAGACUCCAAUUUUAGGCAACUACUUCUUCUACAAGCACAGGACAAUCCAAAACUUUUGAAAUGGAUCACUGGAGGAAAAUCUGACAAGUACAUUUCUGCUGACAUACAAAAUGAACUGUUGAAGGUCAUGGCCUUACGCAUAUCGCGUGAUAUUGCGUCAGUUCUGAAGCAGACUUCUUUCUUCACCAUCAUGGUAGACAAGUCGACAGACUUUGCAAACAAAGAGCAGGUUGUCAUAUGUUUACGGUGGGUGGAUGAUAAUCUGGAUGCCCACGAAGAAUUUAUCAGUAUAUAUGAGGUAGACAACAUUUCUGCAGCCACUCUAGUUCAUUCAUGUCAUCAAGGAUACGCUAUUGAGAAUGAACCUGUCUCUAGCAAGAGCUCGUGGGCAAUGCUACGACGGGGCAGCGAAUAUGAGCGGUUAUCUGACGAAGAAGCAAGAGCGGUUUUCACACAUUGCUACGGACAUGCCUGCUACAGACACGCACUUAACUUGGCAUGCAGUGAUGCACUGAAAAGAUGCAAGUUACUGCAAGAUGCUCUGGACACUACGUAUGAAAUAACUAAGCUAGUCAAAUUUUUGCCCAAACGACAGGCAAUUUUCGUACAGGAGAAAGCUACCACAUCACCUACUACACCAGGAAUUUGUCUUCUAUGUUUAACUAGGUGGACUGUAAGAGCCGAUGCUCUUAAGAGUGUGUUGGAUAACUAUUCCGCACUCAUUUCAACCUGGGAACAGUCGUCAGAAGAAACUCGUGACCCCGAGCUGAAGGGUAGAUUAGGUGGAGUUGCGCAUCAAAUGACUAAGUUCUUUUUCAUAUUUGGUGUAGCCCUUGGAGAACUUAUUCUACGUCACAGCGACAACUUGAGCAGGACCCUGCAGCGUGGAGAUAUCUCUGCUUCAGAAGGGCAAGCUGCAGCAGAGAUUACUUUACGCACUCUGUUGUCUCAUAGGACUGCAGACAACUUUGCCAGUUUUUUGGAAGGAUGUGAAGAAUAUGGCAACAGCUCUGGACAUAUCAGAACCAUCAAUGCCCCGCAAAAGAAAAAUACCCAAGAGAAAGGCUUCAAAGUUUAUAGAAAAGUUCAGGAUGUCUUGCUUAAAGCAACGAGAAAAGAAAGUUAUGCAGAGGAUCUUGACUUUCUAAUGGAUUUAUACAAAGACGACUUUAGGUCUGAUAUUUUGAAAGCUCAGCUGGAACCAUUUGCUGCACUCGCUCACGAAAGAAAGAUUUGCACGAUUAACGAUAUCAUUGCCAUGUUGAAGUCUCUCUCAUUAGGCCCAAGAAGUCUCUUGAAUGAAGUCUUUAGUGUUGAAAUAGGCAUGUUGCAGUUUGCUAUUACGUGGCUAGUUGGAGUGUGA